AUGGCAGACUCGUACAUGGAAGCAGCCUUGAUGGCCGCCAUCGCUAAUAUCCACCCUCCGCAACCUCCGCCGUCUUCCCAGAGCUGCGACCGCUCGAAGUCUGCCAGGCGAUCUGCCUAUCUGGAAGAGAUCGCUGCCCAAGGACCGCCACAUCAACCUCCUCUUCAAGAGUGGCACAUCACACAGCGCGCUGCCAAGAACCAGAGAGUUGCGCCCCUAAAGCGCAAGGCCGGAAUGGCUCGACGCGGUAUCGACAAGUUGGGGAUUGACGAAAGCUCUUUGCAGCGUAUUAUCGGGGGGCGAGAAUUCAACGCGCAAGUCUGGCUUUGGCCAUCUCGCUCGACUUCUUUCGGUGCUUUACGGGUAUAUAUAUAUAUAUGUAUGCAUGCCCUUCGCUCAGCUGGUGGGUGCCCCGAGCUGAUAUCCCCAGAGACGGUACCUAAACGUCGUCAGCUAGCUGAGCUGUUCGGAAUCGGCUCUGUUGGGUUGUUGGACCAGCUCCUGAUAUCAGUUUCGAGUCUAGGUAUCGAUUCAGCCUAUAUUGUUUCCAAACUCGACAAUGAUCCCGCUCUCGGCGUGUUGUAUAUUGCAUGUUUUGGAGAGUGCCUGCUGACUUGUGCUUGCCCGGGCCUAGUGGUAGCGGUAGCAAGAGCUAUAGCCAUCAAACCCUCAGUAAAAUAG